GUCUGAGAUUGGGAAGCGCGCGCAUACAGUAUCCUCCAAUAUAAAUUGGUAAAUACAAAUCGUUAACGUGCGGUUGUAGCUGUCCUCAAGUAGCAAAUAGCCGAACGGGUUAAGACGUUCAUAUUUUCAAAAUCAUCACCAAAAAUAAAUUUCGAAAUGUCACUAUCAAAACAAGAAUGCAUUUCUCUUAGAGAAAAACUUAUUGGAGAAUCAUGUCAACUCUUUUUCCGUCAAAAUCCUCUAAAGAUCGUUAGGGCGAAAGGGCAGUACAUGUACGACGAAAAGGAUGAUGCGUAUUUGGAUUGUAUCAACAAUGUUGCUCAUGUUGGACACUGCCACCCGGCGGUAGUUAAAGCAGGAAGUGAACAAAUGGGACUUUUAAGUACAAACAACCGUUUUCUACAUGAAGAAAUACUUAUUUGUGCUCAAAAAAUUCUCAGUACUAUGCCCGAGGAACUCUCAGUAUGUUACUUCGUCAAUUCGGGUUCGGAAGCAAACGAUUUGGCUCUAAGAUUGGCUCAAAUUCAUACCGGAAAUAAGGAUAUAGUCACACUGGAACAUGCUUACCAUGGGCAUUUAACAUCUUUGAUUGAUAUUUCGCACUACAAAUUUAAUCUGCCUGGUGGUGUUGGACAAAAGGAACAUGUUCAUUUGGCUCCUAUUCCAGAUUCUUAUAGAGGCAAGUACCGUGAUACUGAAUAUACCAAAGACAAGAUAGGUCAUGCAUAUGCAGAAGAUGUCCGCAUAUUAUGUGAAAAAGUUCAAGAAACGGGUAGAGGAAUCAGUGCUUUUAUUGCCGAAAGUAUGUUAAGCUGCGGAGGACAAGUUAUACCACCUAAAAAUUACUUCAGUGAGGUGUAUGAUAUUAUAAGAAAAGCAGGAGGCCUCUGUAUAGCCGAUGAAGUUCAAGUUGGUUUCGGAAGAAUAGGGAAACACUGGUGGUGUUUCCAAGAAUUUGAUGUAAUUCCGGAUAUUGUUACUAUGGGAAAACCCAUGGGUAACGGACAUCCAGUAGCAUGCGUUGUUACUACCAAAGCAGUAUCAGAUAGUUUCACAAAAACUGGUGUGGAAUAUUUCAAUACAUAUGGAGGAAAUCCAGUUUCUUGUGCUAUAGCAAAUGCUGUUUUUGAUACAAUCGAAAAAGAAAACUUACGAGAAAAUGCCAUAGUUGUUGGAGAAUAUCUACUUGAUAACUGCUUGUUAUUAGCGAAAAAACAUAAAUGUAUUGGAGAUGUUAGAGGAGUUGGUUUGUUCGUCGGUAUAGAUUUGGUGGUAGAUAGGGAAACUAGAGAACCAAAUACAAAAUGUGCAAAAUUUGUAUUACAAAGGAUGCGUGAAGAGCAUAUAUUAAUCAGUGUGGAUGGUCCACAUUGCAACAUAAUUAAAUUCAAGCCUCCUAUGGUAUUCACCAAAGAAAAUGUGGAUGAGGUUAUAUCCACUUUGGAUAGAGUGUUUGACGAAUACCGUCACAAAUCAAAAUUAUACGUUAAUCCACACAAAUCCCAAACGACUGUCGCAGAUUCAAACAGACCGGUCAUGGAACACAGACCAAUGGAGUACUUGUGUAAAGAUUCUAAUAUAAAAUCUAUUUAAAUGUUUCUAUUAUGGACCUGUAUUUAUUAUCGUUUGUAAGAUAUUAUUAGCAAUUCUUAAAUAUCAAUUGAAAAUUAUCAACUAUUAAGAUUGUUAAUAUAGUCAUAGUAUUUUUCAUUAUUUAUACUCGAUUUUUUUAUAAAAAAAAUAUUUCAAGUCAAGUUUGGGUUGUAUAAAGAAAUGUGUGAGGUAUAAACACGUGUAUAAUUUAUUUUGUCAAUGUUUUAAUUGAAAUAAUUAUAAAAUCAAUUUUUUUA